AGCGCGGCGGCCGCCGCCGCGGGGCACGGCACUCGGCGCAUCGCCCGCGCCGCCGCGGCGAAGAGGGGAGCGGGGCCGAGCUGAGCCGAGCCGGCGGGAAGAGAACCUCAGUCUGCCCUAUCUGUGAUCUACAAUGAAUGCCAAAUCUGCAAUCAGCAAAGAAAUUUUUGCCCCACACGAUGAAAGGAUGCUGGGAGCUGUCCAAGUGAAGAGAAGAACAAAAAAAAAGAUUCCUUUCCUGGCUACUGGAGGUCAGGGUGAAUAUUUAACAUACAUCUGCCUGUCAGUGACAAACAAGAAACCAGCUCAAGCGUCUAUUACGAAGGUGAAGCAGUUUGAAGGCUCCACAUCUUUUGUCAGGAGAACACAGUGGAUGCUCGAGCAGCUUCGCCAGGUCAACGGUAUAGACCCGAAUCGGGAUUCUCCAGAAUUUGAUUUGCUAUUUGAAAAUGCUUUUGACCAAUGGGUAGCAAGCACAGCUUCAGAAAAAUGCACAUUCUUUCAGAUUCUACAUCACACUUGUCAGCGAUACCUUACAGACAAGAAGCCUGAAUUUAUCAACUGCCAAUCUAAAAUUAUGGGGGGAAACAGCAUACUCCAUUCAGCAGCAGACAGUGUGACAAGUGCAGUACAGAAGGCAAGUCAGGCUUUGAAUGAGCGUGGUGAGAGGCUGGGGCGAGCAGAAGAAAAGACAGAGGACCUGAAAAAUAGUGCUCAGCAGUUUGCAGAAACUGCACACAAGCUUGCCAUGAAGCACAAGUGCUGAAAUACUGCCCAAAGCUGAAACCUUCUCGAGAGAAACUGAACAGGCUACAUUCAACAACUUUUACAGGAGAUCCAGACUUCUGUGUGCUUUUUUUCUUCCAGUACAGUGGAGAUGCAUUCUUUCAGUUUCUGUGCAGGAAAAAAGUGUUGCAUUUCUACGUUUUUGACUUACUUCUGUUCCUCUUUUGUAAUAUUGCUACACAGUCCUGCAGUACUUUCUACCUGUAUUUCAGUUGUUACAGGAGUGAAAGGAAACAGGGGAACUGGACCAAAUGACAAGCUGAUCAGGAUUAAGAUAGUAAUAUUAUUCCCCAGUUGUACAGAAAAUUAUUUAACUGGUUGUGGACAUUUGUGGAAAUAAAAUCCAAAGAAGGCUUAUCCUUAUCUUCAUUUUAUGUAGCAUCAGCAGAAUGUGAAUUAAACCCCUGGGGUUGUAACUCUAGUGGUGAGCAAACUGCUUUGUCCUGGGAAACAGCAAAACUGGCUUCUCCUAACCAGUGUAGGAAGUUUUGCAUGUGCCAUUCCUGCAUUCAGAAGUGCAUAUCUCCAUUUCAUAGGGGAAUCUGUUCCCAGUGCUGCAUUUUGAAUAUUCCUGUUAUUGUUUCUCCAUUGGUUAUUUGGAUAGUAUAGUGAAACCUACAGAAUGUAUGCUUGAGGUUUCAAAUUGAGAAAAAAAGUAAUUUCAACAUCAAUACACAUAGCUGUGCCUCAAAAUCAAUCUGAUUUGGCAAUCUGAUAUAAAUUAACAUUUCAUUUUCUUUUUGCCUGUGAUUCUGUGGCUAAAGGCCUAUGUAAAUGAGAAUUCAAGAGCCUGGGAAAAUAUGACGGCACUAUUUUCUAAGUCAUCUGCUUUUCAUCAAUUCUACAGUAAGAUUUUUUGGGUACACUUCAGAAAUUCAUCUGGUUAGAAUGACCUUUGUGUUAGCUAGUCAUCUGAUUUUUAAAAUAUAGGCUUUCAAAAAGCAUGCCUUGGUGCACUAGAAUCAUAAAUUCUGGUUUGGGUCUCAUUUUUCAAUAUUUCUUAUCACUGGAAAGGUGAUGCCCUGCUUUGUUCUGUAUUCCUUUUACACAAUAUAGGCACUGUCUUCUCUUACAAAAAUAGCUGGGUUACUCUUCCUUCACAACUCCUUAACAAUUUUUUAAGAUGUUCUAAUAUGAUUCUAGAGUGAAGAAAAUGAAAAAAAGAAAAAGAUAAAAAGAUGCUGCAUUUUCUUUUUUUUUAAUUUUAAAUUUGUAAGCUAGAAACAGGAAUCCUAGCACAAGUUUCAGCAUUGAUCUUCUGAAGAUGCCUGCUCUUCAUUUUUAUCCUCAUCUUACUAGAGAGCCAGAAAGCUGGCAUUAUAUGAAUGUACUGUAGUUUUCAUUUUCUGUGUAAAAUAAGAUUUUGCAUUAUUAAUGACUCUUUGAACAGUCUAAAAUCCUCAGAACAGUGCUUGUAAGAGGGACGGAAGCAUCUGUAGUGAUUGAGAAUGUUUUAGUUACUGCAAGCUGCAGUAAUUGAAAAUCUCUUGGAAAUACCUAUUUUGUGAAAAGAUGUUUGGCUUGAGGAAAACAUUCUCAUUUUUACUAAGGACACCAUUGAGUCACUUGAUUGCCCUCAAACUUCACAUGUUUUCCUCUAAUUUAAGCACUUUUGUAUAAAGUUUUUCAUUGAAUUUCACACUGAGAACUGAGAGAAGGAGUAAAUUUGUCAUCUGUGUAGUAGCAUACAAUCAUCUGAACCUCUUUCACAUCAGUUCUACCAGUUACUACUCCAGCACUAUCAACUGAAGAGGAGUUUGGGCACAUCUGUCACAAAUCAGAACAGGCUCAUUAACAACAGGAGUUCUGAACACUUUUUGGAGCUACCUACAAUUAAUGCUUGCCCUGGAAAUGUCAGUAGCUUUCUGAACACCAUGAUAAUGACUAUGGAUAUUUCUGCAAAUUAACCAGGAAAACAGCACCUCAUUAGAAAUUAAACUUCUGUUAGAGACAAAAUGCUAGGCUACUUUUUAGAAAUAGCUGCAUAAUGAAGCAGCCAGGGAGUAUGUUUUUGACCACCUCUCUAUCUUCUGUCAUUGUUUCCACUAUCACUUUUUUUAGCUAUACUCUGCUGCUAACCUCACCAGUCUCUUUCUUGAGAGAAAGAAGGAAUAGGUUUUGAACUGCUGCCAUCUAGCUGGUCUUUUAAGCUUGCCAAUAUUUUGGAAGAAAUGUCUGAAAACCCAGAUCAGAUAAAUCUGAAAAGCACUACUCUAAAUUCAGAUAAAAAGGGAUGGGAUUUUGGGUGUUUACGUUAUUAUCAGCUGGACAGGACAAGGUCACAGUUGCACUGCUAAGUUCCAGAUCUUUUGUGAGUUUGAACUGUUCUAAAACAUUACUUCAGUCCCAAUGGCAGUUUUUCAGCAUUUUUUUUUUUUUGUAUCUUCCCUUUAAGUGUAUCGUGUUAUGUAUCAUAACUCAGGACUUUUAUCCAACCAUCAAAAGCCAUUUACUAUGGGAAUUUUAAGUAACCUAGUGUUAUUAAAUGAAGGAAAAGUGGUUUUUUCUGUGUGUUUACUCUGUUCUUGCUGUUCAUUAAACUACAUGAUUUGGUAGUUUUUAGAAAAAAAAUCAGAGGUGUAUAAAUGUCUGUCCAAAGGUAAAUCUUAUAGCAUUGCAGUUUCCUUCUGGAACUUAGCUUUAGUGUAUACAACCUAGUAUUAUUAGAUAGCCGUGUACAUAAGGUAUAAUAUAAUUCAGGUUAAAUGUUUCAUAUGAAAGAAUGUAUUUGUAAAUUGUAACAUCAAUAGUUUCUUUAUCUUUUUAAAGUUCUGCAAAGAAUAAAAAUAAUGUAUUGUUAGACUUGACUACUGUAAUGCAAAUUCUGUCUUAAAAGUCUACUUUUGUGUCUAGCAAAAGUUGUGCAUUAUGUGAAAUAUUAACAAACAUGUGCUCUCUUAAAGUGAUCUUAAGGUAGGUAGGUUUUGCUGUGAUAUGCCAGAACUGUAAUACCUGCUGGUAUCUAUUGUCACCAAUUCCUUGAAAGUUCUCAAAGAUCUAGAAAUUAUUUUGUGCCAUUCUGGGGGGGAAAAAAAGUGAGACCUGCUCUCUUGAGUCAUUACUGGAAACCCUGAUUUGUCAUUAAAUACUUUAACUGUGAUGAAAAGAAAA